CAAAGUGGGAGAAGUCCCGUCAUCAGCCCGGUACCGGAAGCCUGACAGCCGCCAACAUGAAGAAGAACUCCUCCGGGAAACGGGGCCCGCUGGACUCGGCGCCGCCGCUCGCUCAACCCGAGAAGGUCGGCUGGAUCAGAAAGUUCUGCGGGAAAGGGAUCUUCAGGGAGAUCUGGAAGAACCGGUUUGUGGUUCUGAGGGCAGAUCAGCUGUUCAUCUGUGAGAAAGAGGUGAGGAGGAGUGGGCGGGGCCUACAGGUGACUGACACCUGUCACUCUUACCCCUGUACAGGAACAUUAGACGUUUACAGAACAUCAGUGAGUGUGACCGAGUUCUGGUGAGAACCAUGAGACUAAAGACAAUAGAUAAACAAUUUAAUUUUAGAAUCAAAUAAUCAAAAAAGAUUCUUCUUAUUUCUACAGAUAAACAUCAGAGAACCCAUGAGCACUCUGUGCAGCAUUUAUCACAUUCUUAACGGUUCUGUUGAUGUUUUGGUUUGACUGUAAACAGAACGAUUCUCCUCGACUGUCUGCAGGAGUCGAGUUUCAGAGUGAGCUGAGACGCACACAGAGAGCUCCAGUUUCACUUCUGUACCAAACACAGGAGAGAACGUCCUCAGAGAACCUUUAUCUACAACAGAACGUCAUGUUAGAACCUUUAUAUAUCUCACAGUCUGAAAGAACCUUUAUCUACAACAGAACGUCAUGUUAGAACCUUUAUCUCCAACAGAACGUCAUGUUAGAACCUUUAUAUAUCUCACAGUCUGAAAGAACCUUUAUCUACAACAGAACGUCAUGUUAGAACCUUUAUCUCCAACAGAACGUCAUGUUAGAACCUUUAUAUAUCUCACAGUCUGAAAGAACCUUUAUCUACAACAGAACGUCAUGUUAGAACCUUUAUAUAUCUCACAGUCUGAAAGAACCUUUAUCUACAACAGAACAUCAUGUUAGAACCUUUAUCUACAACAGAACGUCAUGUUAGAACCUUUAUGCAGGACCUUAUGUUAUCCUUUAAUCACUAAAAAGUUGUUUCAGAACCUUUUCCACUACAGAACUGUCUGAUAGAACCUUUAUUUAAUACGGAAAACUUGGUUAGCACCUUAUUACUACAGAUUUCUCUUCAGUAAUAACAGAACGUUCCACCAGAGCUUUGUCCUUUAGAACCUUUUCCAACUAGAAGCUACAACCUUUUUAACGUGAGAAUGUUCUCCGAUAUACUGAGUUAGUCUGAAAUUAAAUCUUUGAGCUUACAAACUUUUACAUCCCAUGGAGCCUCAACUGAACAUGUGUAGCAGGAGCUAUUCUUUUAAAAAAAAGUUUUUUUGUUCUAACCCAGGCUUCCAGUGUUCCCUUGCAUUGAUGCGUUAUGCUAAGCUAGGCUAGGUGUGAAACUAUGUGUGACCAUAGAUCACAUUGAUCUGAUGCUUGAGAAGAUAGAGAAAAAGAGUGUUUUAUUCAGAUUUUUAUAAAUCUCACUGAGGUUUAAGGAAAGAAAAGUGGUCCAAAGACAUUACCCUGAGGAACCCCACAUGUUAUUAAAGAUAAAGAAUGAAUUUGUUAAGAUAAAUGAGUGCUAUUUUAAAUAACUGUGGAAACUUGGUGCUGGAUUAUGAAGUUCUCAUUUCUCAGAGAAAAUUAAGGUGUUUGUGUGAUGACAGUGAAACUGUCACUUCUCUGUAAUUUUAGAUUUUAAGGAAGUCACAACAAUGUGAAAAAAAUUCUGUUAAUUAUCAGCAUCGUUACAGAGUUUAAAUCUUUAAAGACUCUGAGCAGCUUUUUAAAGGUUUUCAAGAUUCAGCAGUAAUAACAUAUGUAUGAUGAUGCUGUUUCUAAAUGUGACCUGACAGUUAUUUUAAUAAUGCUUUCCUACAUGUUUUAAAAGUGUAGAAGAAGUUACAGGCUCCACUCAUAACCAGCUGACCAGAUCAUCAGCUCUCUGUUACUCUCUGACGUCGACUCAAAUUGACCAAUCAGCUGUCACAUGAAACACGACACUCAAAUCUUUGAGUAACCUGUCUCACGACCAAAUAAGGGGAUCUCUGUGUGUGUGUGUGUGUGUGU